CCUGCUGACAUCAUCUCCCCCCCCCCCCCCCCCUUUUGCCUCUCCUGAUAAAAUGGCUUCCACCAGUUGGCUGUCACCGUGGCGACAGUUGCCGUUAUUGCUGUUGCUGCUGCUCGUCCUUGCUAGCUGCUUCCUGUUUGAGCCCGCCUCCAGCACGCACUUCCCCAGAGACCUGGAGCCAAUCAGUGUGGUCGACUCUGAGCAGUCGGACCAGUUCCCAGGCUUCCAGGGUCUGCUUCAGGACAACGACACACUGCGUCUGGGUCUGGACUUCCAGAGGCUGCUGCGCAUCAACCACAUGCUGUACAUCGCUGCCAGGGAUCACGUGUUUGCAGUGAACCUGACCACAGCUUCAGAGGAGUUGGUCCCUCAGCUGAAGCUGACGUGGCCGUCUGAAGACGUCAGCAAGUGCACGGUUAGAGGGAAGAAUAGCGACGAGUGCUAUAACUACGUCAAAGUCCUGGUGGCGCGAGACGACGAGACGCUGUUUGCCUGCGGUACCAACGCCUUCAACCCCACCUGCAGGAACUACAAGAUGGCGUCCCUGGAGCAGGUGGGGGAGGAGGUGGUGGGUCAGGCCCGCUGUCCCUUUGAGUCCGGGCAGUCCAAUGUGGGACUGUUUGCUGGCGGAGACUUCUACUCGGCCACCAUGACGGACUUCCUGGCCAGUGACGCCGUCAUCUACCGCAGCCUGGGUGACGGCCGGCCCGUCCUCAGGACCGUCAAAUACGACUCCAAGUGGCUCCGAGAGCCUCACUUUCUGCACGCCAUCGACUACGGUAACUACGUCUACUUCUUCCUCAGUGAGAUCGCAGUUGAGUACACCACCUUGGGCAAGGUGGUGUUUUCUCGAGUCGCCCGGGUCUGUAAAAAUGAUAAUGGAGGAUCUCCAAGAGUUCUGGAAAGAUACUGGACUUCGUUCCUCAAGGCUCGACUGAACUGCUCUGUUCCUGGAGAUUCGUUCUUCUACUUUGACAUUCUUCAGUCCCUCACCAACGUGCUGCAGAUUAACCAGAGGCCCGCUGUGGUGGGGGUGUUCACCACGCAGGACAACAGUAUUCCCGGCUCAGCAGUCUGUGCGUUCUACAUGGACGACAUUGAGAGCGUCUUCAAUGGAAAGUUCAAGGAGCAGCGGACCAGCGACUCCUCCUGGACUCCAGUCCCUGAGGAGCAGGUUCCCAGACCCAGGCCCGGUGCAUGUACCGGUGACGGCCCGGCUGCGGACUACAAAUCAUCAGUCCAGUUUCCCGACGAGAUGCUGAUGUUUAUCAAGUCAUACCCUCUGAUGGACGAAGCUGUUCCGUCUGUCAACCACUGGCCCUGCUUCACCAGGACUUCCAGCCGGUCCAAGCUGAGCAAGAUAGUGGUGGAUGUUUCUGCUGGGCCGCACAAGGACCGCACCGUGAUGUUCCUGGGUUCAGACGACGGCCGGGUCCUGAAAGUUCUGGCAAGCACACAUCCCAAUGAUAGCUUUGGAUCCAAACUGCUAGAGGAAAUCCGUGUCUACAAUCCAUCCAAGUGCAAUGUUCAGGGUCAGGAGGAUAGAAGGGUUCUGGCUCUGGAGCUGGAUAAGGAGCGCCAUGCGUUGUUGGUAGCAUUCAGCAGCUGUCUAAUCAGAGUGCCGCUCAGUCGCUGCAGCCAGCACGGAGCCUGCAGAAGAUCCUGCCUUGCCUCCCGUGACCCAUACUGCAUCUGGCUGCGCACCGGGAGCUGUGCCGACAUGGCGCCAGGUUUCAAGGCCGGGUUUGAACAGGAUAUUGAAGGGGACCACCUAUUUCCUCAGGGCAGCUGUCACGUUAAUGUGUUGGGAACUACACAGAACCAGGAGUCUGCGGCCGACUCCGCCUAUGGUGUCCGUGGUUUUCCAGAGAUGGAGCAUGCUGCUACUAACAUCCACUACACCCUACUGCUGGCCUGCGUCCUGGUGGCCUUCUCGCUGGGCGCCAUCUUUUCGGGCUUCCUAGUGUCCUGGUACUGCAGACGCAGCGUCGUUCAGCAGGCCAGGAGGCUGGGGAAAGACCCGGAGGUCCCACACACCUUAUCCCUACGAUCCCUCGCUAAGCUCAAUGGACUGCUGGACGGACAGAAGAAGGAGGACAAACAUGACGUGUCCAUCGCCAAGAUGUACAGCUCCUUUAUUCCCAACGGCAGCGCAGAGCCUCACUGCUACACCCCCGCCCUCCCGGGCCUGCCGCUGGGAGACCCCGAGCUCAGCCUCUCCCAGUCUCUGUCUCAGGGAGAUGGAGAUCUGUCCGGCCUGCCCACGCCGCUCUGUACCCCCAAGCUCCCCAUCAGGAACCUGAAGGCCCUCAGUCAGCACGAGAGGAACCAGAACUGCAACAACCCCGCGGACAGCAGCCACAACCCUGAGCCGUGCGGCUCCGGAUCCAGCCUGGGUUUCAUGGCUGUCGUCGGGAACUCUAUGACAAAGCAGGGGUUGCCCUUCUCCAAUCAACAUGGCAGUUUGAACCAUGGAGCAGCACAUACCUCUUCAACUUCCCUGCAUCUGCCUGAUGAAAUGAACAACUUAAAAGAUGUGUGGGCAGAAGGAGGCGGAGGACCACCUCAUCACCACCACUCCCAGCAGUCCCUGCCCCAGGCCGGGGGGGGGCAGUCGGCACUGGACGAGCUUCUCAAACACAUCCAUGAGGUGAGCGCGUCGGGGACCGGCGGCAUCAAGGUGCUCACCUCGACCUCCUCAUCUGGAGCACAGCGUCAUAACAACCACCCUUAUUAUAAUCAUAACCCCCACAGCCAAACCAGCCCCCACUACUACAGCCACAGUCAUCACCAUAGCAACCACCACAACAAUAACAGCAGCAACGGCGUUCUCCAUCAGCAGAUCCCAGAGAACAACUCGGCUCCUUAUUAUAGUACCUCCACUUUGCCGAGGGACGCUCCCACUCAGAACUCCUCCUCCUGCUCCUCUGCCUCCUCCUCGUCCUCAUCCUCUGACAACCCCACCUCCUCCACCUCCAUCCAGUCAUCCAACUCCUCAACGGCACUCCAGCAACAGGCCAUUCCAGAAAGACCUGGAAGAACAAAUGUAUCAGUCACACGACACCACUCCCAGCGCCACUUGCUCAUCAAGAUGGGGCGAGGGGUGGGGGGUGUGCCGCGUCAACACAGCUUUAACCAGCAGACGCCGCAGCAGGCACACUUUUUGGCCGGGAUGAACACCAACAGCAGCAGCAAUGGCCCUCCAGGCGACAGCGUUGCGGCUAACAUCAGCAGAAACGCCCCUGGCGGGGGGGAAAGGCCCCGGGGCCCCAGCGCCUGCCUGACUCGGCAGCACAGUUACAGUGAAGGGCCACAUAUGCAGCAGGCGGCAAUUGUCCGCAGAACACUGUCGCUUAAACCCGAGGUCCCGCCUAAACCGUUGUUCCUUCCAAACACAGCAACAUCAUCCAUAGCAGAGGCGGGAAAUUACAAAUACUGAGGGGUGGGGCUUCACUCAGCACUCUGUCUGCAGGGCUCCUGCUGAAUCAUUAAAUUAAAGCAACGGAAAAAAGAGAUUUCUGAGCUUUUUGGCCCUUAUUAAAACCACACUGAAUCUGCUGAGGAUCAAACGACAAACAAGGUCUUUAAAUCAUUUCUACAAUACGAGGGGGCUGCUAAUGGCAAAUGUCCCCUCACCACGGACUGCAGAUCAAACUGGCGAGUCUGAAAAACAUUCCAGAAACAGGGUGAAAAUUAAAAUCCAUGAUUCACGCAGUUUCCUUAUGAGCGCUCUGAUCUGCUGUCCGGCUUUGGCACCUUUUGUAAUCUCUGCUUGUGCAAAGAUUACAAAAACAGUGAAUGGUACUGUACAGCCCCCACCUGAACUGAAUCUGGGACUGUGGGGGUGUUCACACUCCUUUUCUGUGAUUAAACUGCUACAGAAAAACUACUGAAUGGAUGUUUUUGUUAUCACAUUCGGUGGAGCUUUUUAGAACAUCGAGACAUCAGCAUCACAAGAGAAAGAGGAUUCUGCUUCAUGAGCUGCAGUCUAAAACUGAAAAAGAGAUACAGUCCAGAGCAGCUGUCACUGAUAGUACAGAGGGAGUCCAUAUAUCAGGAUCUGACACUCAAAUAAAACAUAAAGGGAGCGUUUGAUGUAUAUGGUACGGAGCUAAGAAGGAAAUCGGAUAAAUGAUCCCUUCAAUUUAGAAAUUCAUGCUCUCAGUACUUAAAGUCCGUAAUGUGUAUGGUUUGAAUUACUAAUUUAUUUUCUUACUAAUUAAUGUUAAUAUUGAAUUAAUAAUUUCUCAAAUUACUAAAUAUGCCCUUUCUUUUGCUUUUGUCUUUAUCUAUAAAGAGCUUCAAAAGCUCUGAGCUGCCUCUAUAAUGUGAUCUAUAAAAUAUGUUUAAAGAGAUGUGAAAAUGCAUUAACUGCAUUAAAUCCAAGAGGCUGUUAUCAAUUUAUUAUCAAUAUCCGAUGUUUUCUCAUCUCCUGCACUGAGCGUUGAAGUUUUGACUUCUCCAGACACCAGCAGAUCAGAAGGGGAACUACAGGAGAGACCGCACUUCUGGUUCUCUUGCCUCUGCUGCAGGGGGCUUCAUUCACAUAGUUUUCACUGUACAGGUUGAUCAACUACUGUUUUAUAUUUUCUAACAUAAUGUCAAAAACAAGCAAUAAUCAUUGAAGUUAUCAUGGUAGCAACAUGUCCAUGACCUGCAUGCAGGCAGCUCGUA